AAUGCAUUCAUUCCAAUAUGCUUCAUAUAAUUACAAAAUUGUUAAUUGGUAGCAAUUUAAUUAAUUAGUUUACUUUAUAGUGAUGAUGAGCAUGGUAGAGUUUGAGAGUGCUUUAAAAUAUUUUGAUGAAAAUGGGGAUGGAAAAAUUUCCCCUUUGGAGCUCAAGAACCAUGUGGCCAUCUUAGGUGGCGAGUUUCGGCAUGAAGAUGCCGAAAUGGCCAUCGCCGCGUGGGACUCGGACGGCGAUGGAUUCUUGAGUUUGAAUGAUUUUGUUGAGUUGAUGGAAGAGUCCGGGGAAGAAGAGAUGUUGAAGGAUUUAAAAGAAGCGUUUGAGAUGUAUAUUGAUGUUGAAGAGUUGAGUGAGUUCAUAACUCCAAAGAGUUUGAAAAGGAUGCUUGGAAAGUUGGGAGAAUCAAAAUCUAUUGAUGAAUGUGAACUUAUGAUCAAACAUUUUGAUCUCAAUGGUGAUGGCCUUCUUAGCUUUCAAGAAUUUGUAAUCAUGAUGGGAGUUGAAUAUACAUCUGUUUGUUAAUAGAUUGUUACGUAUAUAAAAUAAGAUUCGAAUUUUAAAUAUUUGUUUAAACAGGCUAAGGAUUGCAUACAUAAGGCAGGAUUCGAACCCUCGACACUUGUUUAAGCGGUCGAGUAAGCUAACCACUCGACCAAUCAGCUAAUGUUUAUUUAUUUAUUUUAUUGUAACUUUCUUUUUGGUACUAAUUGUGACUUUUUUGUAUUUUGGGUUGGA